CAUCGGUCUACUUCGUAGUUUAAACUUUAUGGCACAAUGUGGAAUAUAAUCUUCAGUGAAUCAAGCGGAGACUGUGAUGUUGUGGAAAAGAAACAAAGUUAUAAUAUCUGAAGGAUAAACCAGAACUAGUAAGUUAUUACACAGACACCUUCACAAGAGUUCCAAAGGUGAAGAGAAAGGCAUUCAACAUUCCUGCAGAAAUGCGACUGUACAUUUUGGAUUGAAAUCCCAUAAUUAAGGAGACAGAAUGAUUCAUGAUUUUUGUAGAGGAAGAAAGAUUUUAUUUAGACGAUCUGACUGAAAUAUGGUCCAUCAUGCCAUUUUUGAAAGUUUGGUAGAAAACCCUCAUGUUGCUGUAUACCUGGACUGACAGGUACAACAUAUAUUUUAUUCACCCAUCCCAGGACAAGCCACAGAACACUGGCCGUCUAAUCAUAGAUCAAAGUAUGCUGCAUUCAUAGUGUUACAAAGUAGUUGACUGUAUAACUGUAGAAAAGAUUUCUGGCAUUUUGAUAUAGAAACCCAGGAUUUGCCUCAUUUAUGAUGCUGGGGUUCUUGGGUUACCAUAAUGCCCAUCACCCAGGAAAAUGCUAUAAUUUACCUUCCUCUUUUGGAUCGGUGGUUGCACUUCAGCCUGCGAGCAGAACUAAAAGAGGGGUCAGAAUGCACAGGGCAAAGGCUCUGUCAGUCUGCAGUUCAGAAGUUAUGUGAAUAUAUUCAACUCAACUUUGCUGUGCAGGAGAGCCAGUAUUGUCCUAGCCCAGGCCGAGGAGAUGUAGAAGUCUGCACAGCUUACCUGGUCAAAUGUGAUGGAGACAGUGAGGAUCUCGGUCUCAGUUUUGGAAAUAUCCCUACAUUUGGAGAUGCUGGAGAUAGAAGGAGAGGAGGCAAAAAAAGGAAACUCUUAAAUGGACCAGUGGUAGAUGUUGGGUGUGUCUGGGUAACUGAGGUGAGAAAACAUAGUCCUGCUGCACAGAGUGGGAAAUUCAAGCUCCGUGAUGAGGUACUUUCUCUAAAUGGACAGCUCAUGGUCGGAGUGGAUGUCUCCGCUGCCAGUUACCUGGCCAACCAGUGCUGGAAUGGCGGAUGCAUAUACGUGAUCAUGUUACGGCGCAUAAAACGCAAAGCCCCUCUUCCUCCAUCCAAUGGCAACAUCGACAACAGAACCAGCAACAAAAGUGACAGUGAAGCAAAGCCAAGUCCCACAUCAGAGCUGAAUGUCAGCGCUGCUCAAAAUGGGAAAAGAACUCGGAAGUUUGGCGUCAUCUCUCGCUCCUCGCUUAAUAAAGACCAUAGGGAAAGCAAAGAUCUUCAUGAGUUGGAGUUCCAGAAUGGAUAUUACACCAAUACAGAAGUGGGAAACCCAGGGAGUGUGGCCUCAUUUAUGGAAAUGGAGUAUAAUUCUGAGAGAGAGCAGCUCUAUAAUGGUGACACAGUUUCGUUAGGGGCACAGCACAGGCCUCGGCUAACAGAUGGAGGAAGUCUCGACUUUAGACCAAAUACAACACAGCGGGAAGGCUGUAAAAUAUGGAAGAUGCACAUGAUAAAAGGAAAGGAUGGUCUUGGCAUCCAGAUUACAGGUGGACGGGGAUCCAAACGAUCGCCGCAUGGCAUCGUUGUUGCACACAUUGAAGAAGGCGGCUCAGCACAAAGGGACGGAAGACUGAAGUCUGGUGAUGAGCUGCUGAUGAUUAAUGGGCAGUCACUGGUUGGCCUUUCACAUCAGGAGGCAGUGGCUAUUCUUCGAUCUGCAGCUGGACUGGUGCAGCUGGUGGUUGCCAGCAGGGAGGGAUCAGAUGUGGAUUUCCCGAAGUACCCUUCUACAAGCUUGCCUGACUUGGUGAGCACAUGCCAGAGCAACCCCCCUUCUCCAACUGAUGACAAAGAGAACAUGCAGCCAGAAGAAAUGAACCAUGAUGGAGGACACCACUGCGUCCCAGCACAGCAGGCAGCCUCUGAAGUGGAUAAAUCAUCAGAACAGACCAGAGUAGAGGGGUCUCGAGGAAGCUCCAGAAGUCCAACACCCGGAAACAGUAUCAUGAAGUUCAGGAGUCGAUCUCAAGGUGGGAGCCUACGUUUGGAGUCUGUGGGAGAAGAUGAUGAACUGGUUGUAGAAAAUGGUGACGCCAACUGCAGUAUGUCAGAAAACCCUGCCCGAAUAGCACGCAAGCAUUCUCUUCCACAUCAGUUUGACACAACAGGGAACAGACAGGAAUACCAGACUGUAAAGAAAUCAACACGUUCUUUAAGCACAGCUCAAAUGGAGUCACCAUGGAGACUGACUCAACCAUCUAUUAUUUCCAAUAUCGUGCUGAUGAAAGGGCAGGGCAAGGGCCUUGGGUUUAGCAUUGUUGGGGGUCAGGACUCUGCUCGUGGGAGGAUGGGGAUUUUUGUGAAAACAAUUUUUCCCAAUGGGGCAGCUGCUGCAGAUGCCAGACUUAAGGAAGGAGAUGAAAUUCUGGAAGUAAAUGGGGAGUCUUUGCAGGGACUGACCCACCAACAAGCCAUACAGACCUUCAAGCAACUUAAGAAAGGUGUGGUGACACUAACGGUACGAACCAGAUUACGAAGUCCCAGCCUCACACCUUGUCCAACCCCUACAUUAGUAAGCCGAUCUAGCUCCCCAAAUUCCUCUAUAUGUGGAGUAACACCUGUACCUGCUGCAGAAGAUGGUGACUCCUCAUCCUGCCGCAAGGGCCCGGGACCCAAAGACAGGAUCAUCAUGGAAGUGACACUGAAUAAAGAACCAGGAGUUGGGUUGGGUAUUGGUGUCUGCUGUCUUACACUUGAAAAUGGCUCCCCUGGGAUCUACAUUCAUAGCCUGGCCCCAGGCUCUGUUGCCAAGAUGGAUGGCAGACUCAGUCGAGGUGACCAGAUUCUAGAAGCUGAUUCCGUGAGUCUGCGCCAUGCUGCUCUGAGUGAAGCUUAUGCCAUCCUGAGUGAAUGUGGCCCUGGGCCUGUUAGUCUUAUCAUCAGUCGACAUCCUAACCCCAAGGUUUCAGAGCAGGACAUGGAUGAAGCUAUAGCACGUACAACACACAGAGAGAGCAAAGAUGGACAUUCAUCUCAUAUACUGGGAAUACCAUCUAAGAGUCCUUCCCCUUCUAUAAGAUCAAAGCAGCGUGAAGGAUCCCCUUCCCUCAGCUGGACAAUGAAACGCUUCCUGGAGCCACUAAGUCGGCAAGGAUCGAUUAGUUCUGAAGCAGAACUGUCGCAUUAUUUCUCCCAUGACGUUCCAAGUCAGUCAUCGCUUUCCGACACCAUGGCAGCUGGCUCCAGUGAUGAAGAUCAUGUCCACCAGAAGAGUGAAAACAAUUCUGUAGAUGAGAGCAUUCCUCCUCCUAGGACUCACACUGUCAAAGAGUCACAACUGAUGAAAGGAGAGGCAAUUCCAACUUCUAGUUCUGGGAAGACCUCCACACCUGUAAAAGAGCAUUCAGAAACUGAUAACCAGAACAGUGUUUGUGGAAGUCCGGAUUCAGUCCGUAGCCCCCUUCUAAGGCAGAGAAGAGUUAUGUGCUAUGAUGACAUUAGCGAUGACGAUGACAUUGCCAAAUUAGUAGAAAAUGUACAUUUCAGCAGAACUCAUGCCCCACAUUUAGCAAAGAAAGAUUCUGGUGUUAUCAUAGCAACAUCUUCUGUUGAUGUAGAUGAUGAGAGUCAAGACAGUGAAGCUUCUAGGGAUAUAAAUGGUGAAGGUGCUGCACCUUUUUGUGGGAGCUCUCAGGAGUCUGAAGACAGUACUGUGGAGCAAAUGGUAGACUCACCAUUUUUCCCAAUUAAAACGUUUGAUUAUCCAAAUCAGUCAGAUGUAAGUCAUGCAAAGUUGGGUGUGAAAGAUCCCCGAGAAUUGUCACUGGACUCUAAAAGGUCACCGAAGCUGGAGCACAAGGCUGUCACAAGAGUGAAAAGUAUGAUAAGUAGUGAGUACUCCAGUGUUGCACGACAAAAGAAUGAUGACCAUCACUCGCAGAAUUCCAAGUGUACUAUCAGAGCACCAGUUCUGGUCAAAAAGGAAGCUUCUGAUAGCUGUGGCACAUGUACUACUGAAACUGUUCAUCUCCAUCGUAAGGAUUCUGAAUCAUUUGGCAUGGACUUGGAAAUCAGAGCCACUCCCCUGAGAGUCCUGAUAAGAGGUUUACAGCCAGGCAGGGCAGCAGAACUGGAAUCUAAGGGAAAACUGGCAGCAGGCGAUGAGAUUAUGUCUAUUAAUGGAAUGUCCGUCACUGGAAUGUCAUACCAGGAAGCUUGUCAGUUAGUUCAGAGUUUACCUUCAUCAGUAACUCUAGAAGUACAGAGGCCACUACCUGCUGUUGAUCAGCAAUCUGGCAUCAUAAUGGCUUCAAGCACAGAAGAAACUGGCCAUCUUGAUGGAAGUGAUGUAAUAAGACCAACUGAAGAAAGCAAGGAAGAGGCUAAUAAAGACGGCACUGAGAACAUACGUGGUACUAUGCUAAAUGAAAACAAUAUCUCAGUAGUAAUAGAUGCAGUGCUACCAGACCCAUCAUCACCUCCAUUUGUUACGGAAGAGAAAACAGUGUCAGCUGGUGUAGAGAUCAGAAACAAUAUUAGGCAUGCAGAGAGCAACAAUGCUCCAGUGACUAACAUUGAUGAUGUCAUCAGCAAAUGGAAUUCAGGGGAAGAAACUAGUUCCCAUAACCUGGAAGCCGUAUCUGAAAUGAUAGUUAAUGAGGUGAUUAGUCAGUGCCUUGAAAUGGAAACAGCAAACACUGAUACUCAGAGCACUAAGCCUGUGGCUAGCAAGUCAGAUGAUGAAGUGCUGGGCUCUGUGACUGAACAGGGACCAGCAUCAUAUACUACUCAGGAUGCUCUGGAAUUUUCUUUGCUGGACAGCGUAAAUACUGGCAAAGUUUUUAGUGUCAAUAAAAGUCGCCUGAGUAACUAUUCACGAAAUAUUAGCAGCUUUACUGAAGAUAAUUUAACCAUACCAGAUCAGCCCCAUACACCAUCUCCCCUUGUAAGCUGCAUGUAUGAUGCUGCAGAGGAUUCAAAUUCUGAAACUGAUUCAUUACCAGAAGCUCCUAGUGAGACUGCAGAUAGCAUUGUGUCACCCAUUACUGACCAAAGUCCAUAUUCUCUUCGUGCCACCAAUGCCACAGACUCUGAUGAAGAGCACAUUGAAAUCUGUUACAGUGGCGAUAUGGUUAAGCUGGCAGAACAUCAGUCCAGUACUGUAGACCUAGACAGUCAGGCAGAUUAUUGCAACAGCACACCCCAGUUAUCACAACUAGAAGACUCUACAGAGAAGAAUGUGAACCUGUGUGAAGCUGGAAACCAAGAGCAAGUUCUGCUUAGAGUAGAAGAAACAUCAGAUGCAAGUGCAGUCUACCAGUUGAAUAACAAAACGGAACAAAGCACCCCUUCAGUUCAUGGGCAUUCUGCUCCCCCCAAAGCAUAUUCAUUAGACAACAAUGAGAACAGUGAAGUAACUUGCUUACUUAAUAUCGUCGAAGAAGGAGAUGCAGAGUUGAUCACUGUAGAACACACUAGUGCCUUAAAUUCAUUUGGAACAGCCUUGCAGAUUAAUGCAGAGUCACAUAAAACCAAUGGGACUGCCAAAGACGUAAUCUUGCACAAUGAAACAGCAGAACAGCUCCCUCUCAGUAAUACUUUUGCACAGGAAAGUGACGAAAAUAAACAAGAAGCAGCAAACUGUACAAAUAAAUUAUAUUGUUAUUCCAGAUCACCUAUGGAAUCAAGUGUGGAUCUGAAUUUAGACCUGACUGGAAGCGAUGUAGAUGUUCUGUUGCACUGUAAUGAAAAAGUGAAUUCUGAUUUAGAUAUGUUAAUAGCAAAUCCUGCUGCUGACUCACUUGAAGCUGUUCUGAAUCCUGCAGGUGAAGAAGGGAAUAACUGUCAUGCAGUGAAUGGACAACAUUUUGAGAACAAAAAAGAAGAUAAAUCAGUUCUGCCUUUGAAAUAUGUAGACACAUCAGCCUCAACUUUUGGUUCAUCCUACCAUGUAGGAACACAAAUUCCACCAAGCAUGAAGUCGUCUUCUCUUACAAAGGAGAACAGAGGAAUUAUCCAAACAAGCAGCAAUGCAAGUUCUCUGAACAUUUUUCAAAGAACCAGUAGUGCUCCCAAACUGAAGGGUCUUAGUAUCAAAAGUAAGAACAAACCACAGUCAGAAUCUCUGAACACUGAAACAGAAAAUGUAUUUAGUCCUACCAAAAAAACAGGUGGCAAUUCUCCACAAUCUUCACCAAAACUUGUAACAAAAAGAGUGUCCAUGACAUGCAAUUUAACUCUGAGCAGACCUGCAGAGAGCAAUGGCGUGUCCACACCAAGGGUACCAGAACUUAAGGAAAACUGUUCAUCAUUGCUUUUGCUCGAAAGACCACCUUCUUUCAAACUAGUUAACAAUGCCAAAGCUGAAAAAGGAAUGAAAAUUAACUACAGAGAUAUUACCAGUGAACAUUCCGGAAAAGCAAAUAUCAUAAAUCAUGUUGCUACAGAAGCUCCAGAUACUGAGCCAGCUGGUGAUUGCGUAUUACCUAACCAGGUGGAGACUUCCAAAGACUAUAUAUUGCCAACUUCUCCUUCUGAAGAAGAGCCCAGUAGUCUUACAAAACAACGUAGUUUUAUUGAAGUCAAGCUUUCCCCAUCAACAAUUUCUCCAAUGUAUUCAUCAGGGAAUGUAAAAAGCAGUGACAUAUUGACUGGUCCUUUAGGAGCUCCAAAAGAGCUUCCAGAAGUCCAACCAGCUGUGGCAUUAACUGAGAAUCACUACAAUCACAAACCUUUUGGAAGAACACAUUCCAUGCCAAUACAACAUGUUAGCAAUGUAAUAGAAGAAUGCCUACAAUCAGAAGUUGAUGAAAGUAUUUCUAACAUUCAGAGUAACCCCAUUGUUAAUCACAAUUUGAAUGGUAUCAGUUUAGAGUCUAGCUACAUGCAAUCUCCAGAGAAAGAAUCCACAAAUCAUCAUGAAAUUCAGCACAAAGAAUCUCAUAGAAAUCUGAUGAAAUCAGUUAGUGUAGAUUAUCAUUUAGUUAAUGAAUCUGAUGGUCAGCAAAUAGACAAAUCAAAAAGCAGUAAAAUAAAUUAUGCUAAUGAAGUUACUUUAUCUCAGCAGUCCCCUUUUUCUGUGAAACAGAGAAUUAAAUCUUUUGAAAAUCUGGCUCAUUUUGAUAAACCACUGAUUAGAAUAGUUGAUUUCUUUUCUUUGAGUAGUGGGUCCAAACCACCAUUCAGCAGGAGAUCUACAGGAAGUGUAACCACAGGAAGGCUCAAUAGCACGAAUGAGGGAUCACGCAGCUUAAGGCGAAGUUUAAGCUCAUGCACUGAAAGUUCAAAUGAUGCUGCUUUGAUUUCUUCGCAGCUAAAGAAGUCUCCCUCAAGUAUGGCCAUAUUAAAUUUUGAACAAGCCCCAGAAAAUGAGACCAAAAAAGAUGCCAUUGUUGAAAAAGCUAAUGCCCCUGAAGUUGUUGAAGACACAUCACUAAAUACAUUGCAGGGCACCAGAAGCAGAGGUUCUGGAAGUCACAUUAGGCAUUCCCACUUGUCACGAUCCAAACUCAGGGAGCUCAGAGCACUAAGUAUGCCAGAUCUUGACAAGUUAUGUAAGGAUGACUUUUCCAUAGAUCCUGAGAUCACAGAUUCCAAAACAGAAGUCAUGGACAAAUCAGAAAACAAUGUUCAUCUUGCUUCUGAAAGCUUUAAUAAUUUCAAUCCAUCUUCUCGGUCAGGUCAUGCUAAAACUGUUAAAACAGGUUCAAAUGGAGGGAACCUUUGGAACAGUGUUUCGGUACCUGAUGAUAGCAUAGCAUAUGAAAAGUCAUUUGACUGGAGCCAUCAUGGAAGAAGUUGGUCAGUAAGUUUGGGUGAACUAUCUGUAUCUACCCUGGACCAAAACAAACUACACUCUGUGCUGUCAUUAGUGAAGGCAAAAACAGAUGUCAUGACAAUGAUUCAAGAAGCCAAGGCUGAAGCGGAGAAUACAGAUGAUGUGUUUUUCGUCGUCUUGACUAAAGAAGAAGGUUCCGGCCUAGGCUUCAGUGUUGCAGGAGGAGUGGAUCUGGAACAAAAAUCUGUGACGGUACACAGGGUUUUCUCAAGUGGUGUUGCUGCUCAGGAAGGUACGAUUGAGAGAGGAGAUUAUCUUUUGUCUAUCAAUGGUACAUCUGUAGUCAGACUAACCCAUGGCGAUGCUCUGACAGUUCUACAUCAGACCCGGCUGCCUAGACAGGCCGUCAUUGUAAUCAAGAAACCAAAGGAUGGGGAAGCAGGAUCUUCUAGGCAUGAACUACCAGCAGGGAAAUAUUUCACAUCUGGAAAGGAUGUCACCAUGGAAACAGCAACAGGCAUGAAUGCUGACCUAGGUGAAGUUAUCAGAGUGGAGUUAGUGAAGACCUCUGCUGGCUUAGGGUUUAGCCUUGAUGGAGGAAGGGCUUCAGUCCAUGGAGACAGGCCUCUGUAUAUUAAAAAGAUAUUCAAAGGUGGUGCUGCAGAUCAAGUGAGGACAAUAGAUGUUGGUGAUGAAGUACUUGCGGUUAAUGGAAGGUCUCUGCUGGGUCUCAUGCACUAUGAUGCAUGGAAUAUCAUCAAAUCUGUCCCAGAGGGACCUGUUCAGCUGCUAAUUAAAAAACCCAGAACAUCAGUAUAAAAGGUGCACCUUAGUGUAUUCGAAGAACAACUUGACCAUUUCUUCAUUGCAACCCAAAGUUAUAUUGCACAGCAAGUUGACUUGGUACAGUAUGUGAGCAUUUUCCAGUUUUGUAUUGGAGUUGAGCGUUUCAAAAAUGAACGUCCUCAAGGCACUCAAGGCAUGCUGUGGUUUGUUUUCUAAAGACUCUUAGUGUGAAAAAUGAUGGUCUGCCCAGUGGUCCAAUAAACCCACACAGAAGAAAACUCCUUGCCCCAGUUUCCAAACUACUGCCCCUCUUUCAGCAGGGACUGGAUUAUUUAUGCUCUUCUCCAACUCACUGUACAGUUUUUUGUAAGAUACAGUUCUUUCAGCUCUGUAGUCUCCCUAGGAGUCCUAUCCAGUGGUGUAUGCUUGUGGCCUUAAUUGAUCCCUCUGAUGGACCACACUAUACUUAAAAAGAGUUAUCUAUUACUGCUAUUGCCAGCAGCUAUGUUUAGAAUAAUAUACAUCAACUUCCAGAAACUUUAUAGAAAAGACUCUAUGCAAAUUAGUAACAUACUGUUAGCUAACAUUGUGUUUGCAUUGUAUUUGCAAACUGUGUUUAAAUACAGAGUCGAGUCAGAAUCCUGUCAGAGAUUGGCUUGCAUUGGUACAGCUUGUUCCCUUCCUUUCCUAAUUUGUGUACUUUUUCAGGAUGAGCAAAUUCCAUCUUUAGAUCUAAGAGUUGCAUUUCUUUUUCAUCGCCAGAAGAGGCCCGUACACCUGCUUAGAUUAGGAUGUACCUUAAGAGUGACAGAAGGGUGAUGCUUCAUCCUGUUCCUGUGUUUUGUGAUAAAGCAAGUGUACUCAGCUAAAUUAAUUAACUUUUGGAAAGUGCUGCAGUCUGCUUGUGAUAUGUUCUAAAGCUGUGUUUUCAUUCUUGUUUCUUAAAACAGGUACAGUGUUUUUCAUUUUGUUUGUCUUUUUGGCUUUUCCCGAUUAGGGGUCGCCACAGCGGAACUCCGGUCCGUUAAUGAUUGGCAGUAAAUUUUUAUG